AUGGCGCCUUCCGAGGAUCGCGCUCAUGCCAACAAUCUUGAAUACACACUCAGAGAGCUACGACACGAACUCCGAGAGCGUGAACAGCAAUUAAAUAGCCUACGCGCUUCUCAAGAAGCGGCCAUUCUAUCACCAAUAGCUCAAGUGCAGGUGAUUACUGCCGCGCUUGAUCAAGUCACAAAUGCAGAGCCAUUUGUCCCCAUCGCGGGCUCUUUACUUCCCUCAUUAGUAGCUAUGCGCAAGACGCAUGCUGUCGUUGAAGGUUCAAAUGCACUUGUGGCAGAGCAAACCAAGUCACAAGAAGCGCAAAGGAAGCAGCUAGAAGCUGAUCGCGCGGCGCUCAAGGACCAAAAUCUGAUCCACGAAGCCCUCACAGCUCGAAUAGCGUCGUUACAAGAGGAGCUAAAUACAAAUGCGGACGUUACACCUGGCGACGCAGUGAGCGAGAAGAGGGCGGAGCUAAAACAGAGAGCCAAGGAUUACAGCAGAAGGAAACGACAACUCAUGAUUGAUCUUCUUGCCUUUAUGGAGCGUGAGCUUGCGCCGCUCCUCGUCGCCGAGGAAAUGGGCGGCCCAGUAGUGGGAGACUUGAUGGACGUUGACGCCAGGGAUCUUGCCGCCGGGUUCACUGCGCAAGGCAAGCUCAGGAAGACGGGCAGAAGCGAUGCUGGACGAGACAAAGGGCAGCGGCGCAUCGACGAGAUAUGGGCAACUUCAAGGGAUAGCGCCGGCGCCCGACGCGCAACAGUCGAUGAUCAGCGAAGACGACCCCUGAACGAUGUAGAAGCUGCGGCGGAGGAGAUGCGCUGGCUCACAGAGCAGCUUCUCAAUAAAAUGACAGAGGCAGCGGGGAACACAGAGGACGCGUAUGUGACAAUUGGACGCGAGUCUGCAGCCGUUCGGUUCCUAAUACGAUCGAAAGUGGCCCAAUACCACCCGAGAGAUAUUUCAAGGAUCAAGCUGAUUGACUUUGGAAGAGAACUAGAAGAAUAA